GUGUCAUGUUAAUGUGUGGGUGCUCCCUACUUGAAGCUUAUUGUUUCACAUCUGCACUUCCAACCAACACUCACUUAGCCCCGUCCGAUUACCACCUGCUCCCUCUGACUGUAAACUGACCUGGGGAAGAGGGAAAGGGAGAGAGGGAGAGGAGAUAAAGUAGGUGGUGUCCACCUGACCACCUCCAGCGAUGCAUCAUUAAUGGACAUGCAUCAUUGAUGGCGUCCGUUGCCCACAGGUAGAGCAGUGUAUACUCCUCUGCAUUCACCCCCCACGGCCUGUCACUGGAGACACACAUAGGUCUUUGCAGGAGAAGUCCUACAUGACCGUUUAGUUUAACUUCCAGAGGGAUUUUUCUCCUCCAGGCGUGACACAAACUCUAGGACCAAUGAGUAGUGGUACAGCCAGAGCUGCACCCCCGACAGCCGUGCUGGGCUUGGGUUUGGAUCUCAGUGGACCGUGGCAUCAGAGAGCCGUCCAGACGAGCAGAGCGUUGGUUCAGACGUACCUUCUCACCGGCUCCGUACACCCUCCACCCACAGCAGGAGGAAGCAGGGGGACCAGGACUCCUCUGAGGCUGCCCUUGCUGGUAUCUACAGCCAAAGGGCCUCGCAGGCGAAGCAGCAUGGCUCGGCUCAGCCUCAGCGAGCCGUCCCUCCUCACCCCAAACGAGACCGUCCCGUCUGAGGGUCUCCCCAGCAGCUGUCGCCCCAGCGUUUUACAAAAGCGACCCCCACCUCCUCCUCCAUUUUCCAAAUCAUCAGCCUUACUACCCUGCAAGAGUUGCCACCCAUCCAGGGUCAGCCAGCCCCAUCAGCAGCAGAACCACCAGCCGACCUUCAUCCACUUCUCUCAGGCCAUCCAGCCCAGCUCCAAACCAAGACCAGCGAGGCGUCAUUCGCAACACAGCCCAGUCCUGACCGCAGAGAUGGCACAGGGCGACCUCCGACCUUCAGUGAUUCACCAUCGUAACUCAUUGCCUAACGGAGAGCCUCUGUUUGUCGUCGGGAAGCCCUGUCUUCCAAGCUGCGGUCACCGUCCCGCUGUGUCUGUCGCCGCCGCCGGUUCAGCUCGCACUCAGCUUCACGUGUUUCUACCCACAGAGGCUGAAGGAGAGGAGGUGGACAGUGAGUCUGUGGAUGAGGGUUUCAUGGAUGAGUUGGACAAUAAAAUGACUUCUCUGAAGCUCAAGCAGGGAGGACCAAAGGCAGUUACAGAAAACUAGUGCGGCAACAAGUAUAUGAAAAGUCCUGUCUGCAUACAGCUUGUGUAUUUUUGGUCUUUUUUUGUGAUUUGGGCGACAUUCCUUCGUUCAAAUCAAGAGAAAUUUUGGACGAUACUGUGUCUCCAACUUUGUGGCAGCCUUUCCUGCUUCAGCGUGACAAUGCCAUAUCCAUAUGGAAAUGGUUUCUUGAGUUUGGUGUGGAAUAACUUCAUCCAUCACACCUCUGGGAUGAACUGGAACGCAGACUCAGGCCUCGUCACCCAACAUCAGAGUCUGAACUCUUCACUUGGCUGAACGGAAACAAAGUGGACGCUGUUAUCGCACCAUGUUAAAUAAAGCUCAGUUAAAUAUUGAUAUAUAUAUAUAUAUUUGUGAUGUUUGGACUUUUGGCCAUAUAGUGUUCACUUGUUAAUGCAGCCUGCUCUGCUAAAAGGCGAUGCAUUAAGGUGAAUCUAUGCUGGACAAAAAGACAAAUUAAAGACAUGAAAGUCGUGCAGAUUAAGUAGCUAUUGAAUAUUUUCUUAUUAAUGGUCAUUCUGUUGUAUUGAGAUAGUUAAAGGCUCAGAAAUACAUUUUACCAGCGGGAAAAUAAAGUAAUGUUUCAUUUCACAGUCAGAAAAGUCAUUUUCGCUACAUUUGUUUGUAAAUUAAUGUAUCAUUGCUACUGAAGUUAGGAGCUUGCAGACGAAUCAUAAGCAGAGUUUGGAUAUUUAAGCUUGUGUUAAUGUAAAUACGGUAUGUUGUGCAGAUUUAAUUUUGGCUUCAUUGCUAGAUAAAUGGAUGAAGGAUAAGUAAAUAUGGCAGACUGAUUGAUGAGGCCGGAGACAUGGAUGCAAUAAUAAGUAUAUAAGUAAUAAAUGUACGUUUAUAAAACAGUGUCUGUGUUAUGCAGUCAGUCUCACUCUCCUCGUUCUCUGAGGUGCUUUUUUGUUGCAAAACUUAAUUUUCAGACAGAGGUAUGCCGUACAGCGACUUUAAAAUGUGUGUCUUGUCAUAGUGAUCGUCUUAUGAAAGUAUCACACCUGUAACUCCACAGGAAAGACUAAUCUCCCACUCUCUUGUACAGAAUUAAAAACAUAUCACACCUUUCUUCAGAC